AUGUGGUAUCUUGAAGGAGCCCUUUUCAUCUUGUCUCUACUCGAUGUCGCCGCUGCCACAACCUCGGCGUCUGGCACCUCUUCUCUUCCGCCUGGCACUUGUCCGUCUCGCACGGCGAACUACAUUACACAUAGCCUACGGCAGCAAUGCAUAACUUCCUCUCGCACGGUCAAUUUGACCUCGGCUUCCACUACAACUGACGCUGUGGUUGACUCGACCGCGAAUGUUGAAUCUAUUAUUCAGAUCACUACAGAUAACUCCAACGCUUCCUCGCUCGUGUCCUCCACGGCCACACGCUCCCCCGCCUCUACCUCCGAAUCCGAAACAUCUGUGACCAAACAUGGUUCUGUAACAUCGAAUCCUGCUGAUACGGGAGUUCCUCCGACCGAGGCCACCCAUGACGCCUCAAACUCGGCCCCCGAGCCUGCAGAGGAAGAUUCGCCCUUAGGGGACGGCAAGUUCUUGUCCUUUGAAGAUUGGAAGAAGGAGAACCUGAAACAGGCGGGACAGUCUGAGCAUAUUGGACGAGCUCAUGGAGUCGAGCAACGUGAAAUCAAGAGGCGGCCAACACUUGACCAAGACUCUUUGGACGCACUUGGCGAUGAUGCAGAGAUAAAUCUUGACUUCUCUGGCUUUGUUGCGGACAAUAUCGAGCCUCCAACGCAACCGCCGCCGCGAACCAGUCAGGGAAUUGAAGAUGCGCCAGUCGAUCAGGGUCGGGGUCCGAGGGCGGGUGUUCGAAGUAAGGAUGCGGGUACCACUUGCAAAGAGAGGUUCAACUAUGCUUCUUACGACUGUGCAGCGACCAUCUUGAAGACGAAUCCCGAAGCCAAAGGUGCGAACGCGGUGCUGGGCAAGAACAAGGACUCUUAUAUGUUGAACGAGUGCUCGGCUAAGAAUAAAUUCAUUAUUCUUGAGCUUUGUGACGAUAUCUCUAUUGACACAAUAGUCCUGGCCAAUUACGAGUUUUUCAGCUCUACAUUCAGGACAUUCCGUGUCAGUGUGUCGGACAAAUACCCCGUCAAGAUCGACAAGUGGAAGACGCUCGGUACUUUCGAAGCGCGCAACACUCGCGAUCUGCAGGCAUUUUUGGUCGAGAAUCCCGUCAUCUGGGCCAGGUAUUUGCGAAUCGAAUUCCUAACUCAUUACGGAAAUGAGUACUUCUGCCCGGUCAGCUUGAUCCGAGUUCAUGGAACAACGAUGUAUGAGGAUUACAAACACGACCUCACAUCUCUACAAGGAGAGGAAGAGGAGGAAGAAAUUGAAGCAGUGGAUGGAAAUAGCGAAGCUGACAUUGACGCCUUGGUCCCGGAGGCUGUGGCGGAGCCGUUGUUGACAAAGGUUGAAACUGUUCACACUGAAGUCUCGCUGGAGACGUCUGUCGAAUUCGAGCAGCGCGGCUCCGAUGAGCGUGAAGAGGAGAAUAUGCCUGCAAACGCAUCGCAGUUGGUCUCACUCGAAACGGUGACCAGCAACAUGCCAACAUCUCCGGCGAACCUUUCACACGGGUUGGGCGAUCUGAGUCUGGGGGCCGAGAUGAACGAAAUGUGUGACCGCUCCGAAGAGAGCAGAAUCUCGAAAGCGGCACAAACACAGUCGUCGACGGCACAACCCACCAGCGAGGAGUUCACUGCUAGUGGGACCUCAACCUCAGCAGUACCUGAUACCGACGUUGACAAAUCAUCUAUUUCGGGGUCCUCGGUAAAGCAGACUGGAUCCAGUGAUACGGAGUCGCCAGAUUCCACAACGAAGCCUGAAGUGCCAAAUAAUACUACCACGAGCAAGACUUCGACGACUUCAGGGUCGGUUAGUGGUACGAAAGUUUCGUCUUCUUACACGAACCCUCCUCCCGCAGCUCCGACUAUGCAAGAAUCCUUCUUCAAAUCUGUGCAGAAGCGUCUGCAAAUGCUAGAGUCGAAUUCGUCUCUAUCUCUCCAGUACAUCGAAGAACAAUCUCGUGCUCUCCGGGAUGCCUUUCAGAAGGUCGAGCAAAGGCAGCUUUCUAAGACCACAUCUUUCUUGGACCAUCUGAAUGCAACCGUCCUGAAUGAACUUCGGGAUUUCCGACAGCAGUAUGACCAACUUUGGCAGUCCACUGUCAUCGAGCUCGAGAUGCAACGAGAACGUUAUCAACAGGAGCACAUGGCCAUCAAUGCUCGGCUCGGAGUUCUUGCUGACGAGGUCAUUUUCCAGAAGCGGAUGUCCAUUCUGCAGAUGAUUUUGAUUUUGAUCUGCCUCGGUUUGGUCAUUUUCUCCAAGGGGUCCAUCCACAGCUAUCGUGAAAUGCCUUUCGUACAGAGUGUACUCGCCCGGUCCCCAAGUUCGAAAUGGCUGAAUUUGACCGCUCUGGAAUCACCAACCCAUAGUCCACCUGUGACCAGAGCAAGCUCUACGGGAAGCGGACGACGACGGCAGGGGAUUUUGAAGGGCCAUCGUCGUCUUCCGUCAGAAGACACGGCAGACGAAGCCCUCAGCCCGUCAGACCCUUACACCCCUCUUACUCCUGUCAGUAUAGAUGACCCAUCCCAGGUUGAGGACUUCAGGGGCGGCGACCUUGGUGAUCCUCAGUUUGACCCAAGUCUCAUUGAACGUCCUGGCACAAGCCCGCCAGUCCUCUCUGCAUCAGACACACCCAUGACCCCACCACUUAAACCUGAGUUGGGAGAUCCUCCGGUCGUUAGAAAUCUGACCACCUCGACUAGCACUGACGUGAAUCAAACACCUCCAAUGCUGGUCCUCGAGGACGCCACACCUCCUUCAAAGCAGCUGAAGUGGAAUCUGCCAGACAGCUGA